GAGCAAAGCUUGGAGUUAAUGAAGAUAACAUUACAUAUGACCAUCGCAUCGCUGUUAUAUACGCGUGGAUUAUUGCCCAGGGAUACCUUUGGCGAGCGGGUGCUACGGACAAGCCGCUUCCACGAGCGAUAUAGCUACUCCCAUUUUGUAAAAGGGAAGGGCAAUGGCAAUUUCGCACGUAACCGAGCAGAAUAUGUUCCUAUAUGCGUGGUUGAAAGACACAUGAGCGACGAAGCCGAUGGACUUCUCGACCUUAUAGAAAAUGCCAUCUUCGAUGCUCUACUAAGAGGCGUCCUACAUGCCGUUCAGCUUACUGUCAUUACAGAUAAAAGCUCGCCAAACAACGUUUUGGAAUCUUACACCUUCACCUUCGACAAUUGCGACGAGCGUAGCUUGGGAAUACACGUCUUCUACAAACCGGAAUGUCCUGGAUCUUACGAUAUACUUGGGCUUACUGGUUCCCUAGACGGCACCAUUGAAUGUCCGCGGACUUCGUACUGGAAGAGGAUGGGGCGCUUUUACAGAAGCGUCGAUAGCGGCUUUCACACUGUCGGCUUGAGAGUGAAUCCUCUUCUUUCUACCUCACCCGGUGGAGAGGCUCACUUCCCUUUGGUGGAAGAGGCAAAUUUCGACGCAGUACUCCGUUCUGGUGAGGUCGGGAUUCCCACACCCGCUCAAAUGCCGCUUGAAAUAGUUGAGGAGAUAUAUGUCUCCAAGGAUGGAAGCACUUCCAGUGACACUGAUGACGUAAGAAUCACUGAGAAAGAGCUAGAAAAACUUUCAUACACGCCCGCUAGGCAUCAGGGUAUAGCCACGAGGAAAGAGUCAAGAGAAACACGGCGAUAUAUGGAGGUACAUGUGGACGAUAGGAUCUUCUUCAGCCAAGAAGACGUGGAUGCUGAUCAGUCCAGGGUGUACGCAGUGGGUCAAUCAUUGGCUUACUCUAUUGCAGUCAACCCAGACGAUAUUUCCGAAACCCAGCGUAAAAGCAAAUUUCCUGAACGCCCGAGAAGAUCCCCGAUACCCCUCAAUGAGCCACAGGAGGAACAUUAUGCAGUAUGUCCCAUUGGCUGCGAUGGAGUCCACCUUUCUCAGGAUCAUCGAGAGAUUCGAAGAAACUUUGGCCCGGCUGCAUACAUUCGUCGUUUGCAGGAUGCAGGUUCGAAGCCCACUGUUAUAGCAAGAACGGUAGAUUAUGUUCAAAAUCGUUGUGAUGCCAUCAGGAAGCGAGAUGAGGAGAACAAAGACAACCAGCAGAACCUCCAGAAGGGUCGGCGUCGCUAUCGGUGUGAGUGCAACACUUGGAGAUUCAAGCCCAGCAAGUCUGUAAGUCAUGGGAAUGGCCUAUCAAGUGUGCGAUCAGUUCUCAUCAAUAUUGAAGAUACAAUGUGCCAACUGCAAGGACUACCAGCACACCCUGUGCUAUGGCUAUUAUUCGGCAAAGGACAAACGAAUCCCAUAUAUACAUUACUGCUACAGCUGCUUGAUCGGAUAUGA